GCAGAGCCCGUGAGGCUCCCGGAAAUGAAGCCGCAGACGAGGGGCUGUGCCGUAAAUGGAAAGUGAAAAACGUUGUUGCGCGGCUCUGUUUCAUGGGGGUGAUUGAUAUCAGGCAUCUUUCACAGAGUGUGAGCAGCUGCUGAGGGGGCGGCAGACUCGCCUGUCAGGACAACUGAAGAAGAAGAAGGCGGAGGAGGAGGAUGGCCGGCUUUUUGGAUAACUUCCGCUGGCCCGAGUGUGAAUGCAUCGACUGGGGCGAGAGGAGGAAUGCCGUGGCCUCCAUCGUGGCCGGAGUUCUGUUCUUCACCGGCUGGUGGAUCAUGAUCGACGCCGCUGUGGCGUAUCCAACCCAGGAGCAGAUGAACCACGCCUUCCACACCUGUGGCGUCUUUUCCACCAUCGCUUUCUUCAUGAUUAAUGCAGUUUCCAACGGCCAGGUGAGGGGGGACACGUACGGAGAAGGCUGCAUGGGCCGGACAGGAGCUCGUCUCUGGCUCUUCAUCGGCUUCAUGAUGAUGUUCGGCUCGCUCAUCGGCUCCAUCUGGAUCCUGUUUGGAGGCUACGUAGUGCCGAAGAAAGAAGUGGCUCCGGGGAUGGCUGUGUUCUUUCAGAACGCCUUCAUCUUUUUAGCACUCUGAUCUACAAGUUUGGCCGCACUGAAGAUUUAUGGGGUUAAGACGUCUCUACAGACACACACACACACGCACGCACGUUUGUAUUUAUAUCCUUGUGGGGACAUCUCAUUGACAUAAUGCUUUCC